AUGUACAAGACUGGCCGAAAAGCCCGUUCCAAGACUGGUUGCCGUACGUGCCGAAUUCGGAAAGUGAAAUGCGACGAGGAGCGGAUUGUCGUCGACAAUAAGAAGGAACCCCAAUGCAGGCGAUGUUCGGUCGCGCGAAUCGCCUGUGAAUGGAAGGGUGGACCGAUCCCUUGUCGGUCAACGACAGGGUCGAGAAAGAGUCAGGUGUCUGGGAUCCAUGCUAGCUCGCAUGGCUCAAUGAGGAGACCGGGCGACUUGCAAUCUCCCUUGCUUCCUGCUUGCACCCAUGACAGUAGUCUGCAAGCUGCUAAUUCGCUUGUUCUCUCGGGAUCCGACCGGUCUCGCUUGAACUAUCUUCGAGAUUCUGCCCUGGUCACUUUGCUCGGCAAGCAUUGGCCGUGGUCCACCAUCUCCUACGCCUACCAUAGAGUAGCUGUCAAGGAACCUAUGGUGAUGAGCAUGAUCCUCGCCACGACUGCCUGUGAAAUUCAUCGAUCACGUCUCCACGAUUGCGACAGUACACGUGUGUAUCCCCAAAUCAGUGAUUCGUCCGACAUCGAUGGCAGGGUACACUACGGUACAGCCUUAUCCAGACUUCGCGAAGUGCUGGCUGAAGGCGUGAAGACCCCGGCGAAGGUCGAGGCAAUUUUUAUAACGUUGUGGCUCAUGAUCGAUUAUGAGAACCGGUUCGGGAGUGGCGCCACAACAAUCAACAUACAUUUGCGAGGCAUUGAAAGCAUACUGCAUAACCAUAUCUUACCUCUGCUGAAAUACGAGGAGUCUUCGGCCCCUGCAAUCACUGCCGGGAGUCCUGAAGCGGCAGUUGUGUUGUUUCACGGUUCCGCUGAGGACCCGAGCUUGAUCGAGGGAGCGGCCAGCAGUCCAAUCGAUUCGGUAGCUGGCCCAUCUGACGGGAGAUUAAUUUAUACGGCAGUACCUCUAUUCCUGCUGUGGACCCUCUACUUCUUUACGCCUGGCGCGCUUUUCUUCGGACCUGGCGCUAUAUAUGAACCAGGAUUUGAGAAAGUCAACGAUGAUCUCUUCCGGUUCUUUCUUCGUGCAGAAGACGAAGACACUCCAUUGAACCUUGGCAACCUCUAUCGUAUCAGUAGACAGUCGCCUUCGAAGUUCUGGGGGGAAGCCUACCCAGCCAAAGCACAACUAGAUGAUAUGGAAAACUAUCCCGGCUUAGCCCUUUAUCACAAAAGCCAUGUGGUUCAAUUCAGGAUCACAGAGCUAUUUCGGCAACCAAGAAGCACCUCUUGGAAAGAAGCACCUUAUCGGCAGAUUGUUGAUGAGAUAGUCAAGAUAGCCAAUGAGUUCGAAAUGCUUCUCUCAUCCGCAAAAGCCGCCCCGUCGUGUGAUAUCGUGGGAGAUGGGCGCCGUGUGAUGGAGACAAUCUAUUGGGCCGCCAUCACAUAUUACAGCACGAUUGUAUACUUCCACCUAUGCUUUGACAGGCUGCUCCCAGACAAAUCCAUGCAGACCGGGUUGAUGUCCCAAGAAAAGGCCGUUUCCCUAGUUCUAGAGCUAUCCCUGAAGCUCCAUCGAAGCAGACCGCAUCUCAUGGUGCGCAUCACGUGGCCGCUCUUCAUGGCAGGUGUGGCUACCGCGGACAAAAUUUAUCAAGAUUGGGUGUCUAUCCGGCUACGAGAGUUGGGACGGUAUGGGCAGAACUACAGCCGUGUCAGCCGACGCUUUGACGACAUUAUUCGCGGAAGUGACCCCUUUGCAUAUUCUCAGAAGCAAUUAUCCACAUCGAGGCAAAACAACAACACCGGUUGA